GUCACAAGCUCCCAAGGCCACAGCAGCCGAGUCCCCUGAGCUGUCUGAGGUGUCCUGGCCAUCCAGUUCAGGGACCCCUUCCCCACUCAGCACAGAGGGACAAAGUACCUCUCCACCACUCACAGUAAUUGACAGCGGCGACUCGGUGGUGGCCAAGUACAUCAACAGGUUCCGCCAAGCUCAGCCCACAAGCAGAGAGGAACGCCAGCCCGCAGGCGCCACCCCAGCUGACUUUUGGUGGCUACAGCCCAAGUCAGGAGCUGGUGAACCGGAACCAGAAGGAAGAUCCGAUAUGACAGGCCCAUCUCCCGCUCAGAUGUACAGUGGAUCCCUGGCGUCAGAUCCUCUUCAGAAUGUAAAGCAGAGCCUGAACACCUGGAACUCCUCUCUGCUGGACUUGGAGACACUGAGCCUACAAAGCAGAGCGGCCAAGCUACUGAAACGCACGCCUGGACCACUGCUCCGCCUGCCUCAGGCCAGGCUCCCUCUGAGGACUUGCUAGCCCAGGCCUCACGACUUCUGCAGGCUGCUGAAGACUCGGAUGGCAGCGAGUUUCAGGAAGACCCUGUGUUGCAGGUGCUAAGAGCUCAGAGGGCAGAGCUCAGGCAGCAGAAAAGGAAAGUGGAUGCCCAGUUAUCUCUCCUCUUGAACCACACUGAAGACCCAGGAUCUUCCUCUCCUCCAGCCAGCUCACCUCCCGGGUCCCCAAGAAUGCGGCUGAGGAGGGAAGGGGCCUCCUUUGAGGCCAGGCAACUUUGAAUUAUAAAAUUCUGUUUUUCCUGGUCUGGGGAGGUAAAGUGCUUGCAAGUGUGAAGACCUGAAUUUAGAUCUCCAGAACUUACAUAAAGGUACUGACUGGCCAACUGGCCUGUGGAGCCUGGGUCUCAAACAAGGUGGAAGGCAAGAACCUGUAUUCAAAGUCCUUUGACCUCCAUACAUGAGCUGUGGGGUGGAUGGACACACACACACACAAUAAAGUUGGCUCCAAAUAACAUUU